UAAUGAAUACUGUACGAGUCUCUAUCUUGUCGGUCAAGCGUUUAUUAGCGAACUUUGAUUAAUGAUCUGACCGCGAUUCUCGCGAACUGGUGAGUAAUAAAAUUCCACUGUACUCUCCACGUGUUUCUCCGCUUCACAGUCCGCUUCGCACGUUGCACCUAGUUGAAAUGCCGGUAUAUACCUUGAGGAAAUCGCCGAUUAUACCGGUACUGCCAUCUGACAACUGUAUGCAACAUCCGUUGCAUUCGCUGCAGAAAAUGGCAACAUUAAAGGAUCAACUUUUAUCUACUGUGACGAAACCGGUGUCAACCGGUAGAAAUAAAAUCACAGUGGUCGGUGUCGGUCAAGUUGGAAUGGCCUGUGCUUUUAGCAUUUUGACAGACCAUGUUUCGAGCGACGUGGUUUUAAUUGAUGUGAUGGCGGACAAACUAAAAGGAGAGAUGUUAGAUUUACAGCACGGCAGUGCGUUUAUGAAGAACGCGAAAGUGAGUGCCAGCACAGAUUACGCCAUGACUGCAAACUCGAGUCUCUGCAUCGUGACAGCGGGUGCUCGUCAGCGCGAAGGAGAAACCAGAUUGAAUCUGGUUCAACGUAACACCGACAUCUUCAAAGGCAUUAUACCUCAGUUAGUUAAAUACAGCCCGAAUACGAUUCUCCUCAUUGUUUCCAACCCGGUGGAUAUUUUGACUUAUGUGGCAUGGAAAUUCUCCGGCUUGCCAAAGAACAGAGUUAUUGGCAGCGGUACGAAUCUAGAUUCUGCCCGCUUCCGUUUUCUGUUAUCGCAAAAACUUAGUGUCGCACCUACGUCUUGCCAUGGCUGGAUUAUUGGAGAACAUGGUGAUACCAGUGUGCCUGUAUGGUCUGGAGUUAAUGUCGCCGGAGUACGUUUACGUGAUUUAAACGAACACGUGGGUACCGACAAAGAUGAGGAACAUUGGGACGAGUUGCAUAAGCAAGUAAUACAAAGCGCGUAUGAAGUAAUCAAACUAAAAGGCUACACUUCAUGGGCAAUAGGUCUCAGUGUGUCACAACUUGCAUCAGCUAUACUAAGAAAUUCUCAUCAAGUGCAUGCUGUGUCUACGCUAGUUACUGGUCAUCAUGGAAUUAACGAUGAAGUAUUCUUAUCCUUACCUUGCACAUUGGGUGAAGAUGGCGUAACGCACAUCGUUCAGCAAAAGUUAACAGACGAUGAGCUUGCAUCAUUGCAUAAAUCGUCAGAGAUAAUGCACAAAGUGCAAAAAGAUCUUAAAUUUUAAACGUAUAUUAUCCAUAUUUAUUUUACUUUUUAUUAUAUUCUAUUUGUGUAUGUUUAUGUUUUUGAUGCUAUUUCAUAUGCAAUUUAUAUGUAUUUAAACGUAUUUGAUAAAAGCAGUAUUACAUAUACAAUUUUAAAUAUUUAUUUUUUAAAUAUUAAUAAAUUAAUUUUGAAAAAAGUUUACAACUCUCUUUAAAUAAUUGACAUACAUAUACUAUCCAUGUAUGUGUUAUAUAUGUAUGAAGAGACUAAGAAUAUACAUAAAUUGUUCGAAUGCUAAAUUUAUUUUUUAUUAUAAUUUUUAUAUGGUUUGUGACUUUGACUAACAUAAAUAUGAACUGCUAGUCCCCUCAUUUUUACUAUGUAAAAGACAUAUGCCCGAUGUCGCCGAGGUGAAGUUGGUUGAGGGAUUGAACUUUGACUUUCUCUACCCCAGUCAGUAAAAAAAUAUCAAAUAUGUCAAAAUGUAUUAAAUGUUAUGUUGAAAAUUGAUAGGGAGCCGAAAAAAAUUUCAAAUCGACGGAAUGAAAUUAAAAACAGACUCAGCAUCUUUCCUUUAUACGUCGUAAACACGCUAAUUUCACAGGAGCCUUUCCCCUCCCCGCAGAAAAUUAUUAACUGGGGUGGAGUCUACAUCUUCCAGCUUGGCGACACGUAUGAAGUUAAUUACUAUCAGUCCAUACUUAUAUAUAGUCAAAGAUUUAUUUAUCUUUAGAAAUAUCUCUAGAAAUAUCUUUUAUUGUCAUCUAAAGGUAUAUAGAUAUUUAUUCUACGAUAUUGUACGUAACUAUAUUUAUGUCAUUAUACUUUUAAUAAAUUUGACGAUUUAAUUAUUUCUAGCAUUUUCAUGUCAAGUAUGUUUAUUGAAUGUAUUGCCUAUAAAGCGCAUAAAGAUAAGCAAGUAAAUUUAUUUAUAUGUAUAAAAAUAUAUAUAUAUAAAUUUAAACCUAGACAGUUAAAAAAUAUAUAUAUAUAACUUAUAUUAAUCAUUCUGCGUGCUUUAUUUAAACAAUGCUGCUUAUUUUGUGAUAAUGUAAUGAACGAUUUUUAUUAUAACAAUCUAUGUAUAUUUAUA